AUGGGUGCCAAAUUCCUCUGCUGCCUUCCCCUUCGCCUGGGUGUCCUCCUUGUCUCCAUAGUGCAAUUCAUCUUAAAUUCACUAGUUGCUGCCAUUAUGUGGUACUCACUAUGGUAUGUACAUGAGAAGAGUCACGAGGACUUAUCGACGCGGACCAAAAUAUGGACGAUCUUGUACGGGGUCAUCUAUAGUGUGGGAGGCAUAAUGGCACUUUUUGGUUUUAUUGGAACAUUGCUCAAGAAGUUCAGUUUUGUUAGCGGCUUCGCCUCGACGCUGUGGUACUUGUUUUUCGUCGAAUUCAUCUGGUCGAUCAUCGCCCUCGUCUUUUGGUUCUUGGAACCCAAGGACCGGUUGUUGCGCAGCUGUCUCAACGGAGCAAAAGAUGACCAGAAAACUAUAGACGCUUGCCAUAGCAUCUUCGACCCGGAGCACAUUAACAGUGCUGGGGUCAUUGCUGGGGUCAUUGCCGUGUUUGUUAUCCCUCUUCUCUUGCAACUCUACGGCUGCUACCUCGUCGGCGCAUAUGCCAAGAAGCUCCAGAAGAAGGAUAUGGAUCGCAACAUGAUCCUUACAACCUCUGGGGGCUUCAAGUACACAGCCGCCGGCACGGACGACGACUCUCGCCCACUUACACAACACGACGGGUUGUACCCAUACAAGGAUACCAACCACUCCUACGGAAACAAUGGCGGUCACCACGCUUAA